UUGGUCGCCAAGCCGAGGUAUUGUACGAGUGUAAGAGAGUGUGCAUUUAUGGUUAAAUUUACAGUUUAAAAUUUUAGAAAAUCCACAAUCACAUGGUUCUUUUAAAAUUUUUGUUUUAUUUUUUGUUGACAUGACUUUAGAAGAUCCUUUCUACGUCGUUAAAGAUGAGGUGUUCAAAGCACUGAAUAAGACUCGUGGUUUGUACCUACGCUGGCAGGAGAUUUGUAAGACUCCAAUAAUUGCAAGUAGUCCAGAAGUAGAAUGGACUUCGACUGAAUUGAAAAAUGCACUGCGCAGCAUUGAAUGGGAUUUGGAAGAUUUAGAAGAUACAAUAAGUAUUGUAGAGAAGAACUCUUCAAAAUUCAAGAUUGACAACAAAGAAAUUUGUGAUAGACGAACCUUUAUCGAAGCAACGAAGCAAGAAGUCAAGAACAUGAAGAGCAAGAUGAGCUUGAACCGCAAUCGAGACAAUGACGGAACCGCUCGGGAGCCUCUACUUGGUGACGAUAGUCCAAUGAACUUUGGCAACAAUUGGACAUCCACUCCGAAAUACACUAAAUAUUCAAAACUAGCGAAUCAAACCGACAGUCCCAAUCGCUUCGAUAUUUAUGACAAUGAUAUUCUGUCUAUGCAAGAUAAGUUGUUGGGAAAUCAGAAUGAGCAGCUACAAGUUAUUAGUGAGACGGUCGGUUCGCUCAAGACAGUUUCCAAGCAGAUUGGUCUUGAACUCGACGAGCAAGCUGUAAUGUUGGACGAUUUGAAUACGGAUCUUGAAAACACAGAUUCUAAAUUAGAUUCCACUCUUAAAAAAGUCGCGAAGCUGCUUCACAUGAACAAUGACCGACGACAAUGGUUCGCUAUAAUGAUUCUUGUGGGACUAAUAUUUUUAGUUUUACUGUUAUUUAUAAUUCUUUAAACAAUAUUGAAUCAACAAAUUAAGUUUGAGUAAUUUUAUUUAUGUAGUUAAGUGAAAAAUGUAUUUUAUUCUUGUAUUAAUCUAUUUUAUAUUUACACACAGGCCUGCUUAUUAUGUGUUUAUUUUUUAAUGUGACAAGUUAAUAUGUAUUUAUUUCUUAUUUUUAACUUAUUUGUCUAAUAAAAAUUUAGAUUUAAAUUCCAUUUGGAUCAAACUGGACCAUAUCAAUUGUCGUAAUGGAUGACAACCUUAACGGCACAGUGUGAAGCCGUUUUAGAAUAAUUUUAAAGUUGUGUGCUUUUUCCAUGUAAUUUUAAUGAAUAUUUAUUAUGCAAUUCUCGUACUUAUCUUUAUCAAUUAUUAUUAUUAAAUUAUUGUGUCACUUUUUGGUACCUAUUUUAGGAGUUUUAAUCAAUACGGUUGUUCCAUAAAUAUUGGUUUGCAGACCUGUGUUCUGUUCUAAUAUUUUUAAAAAGCAUUAUUAAAAUCGUAAGUCAGCUAGAUCAUGUUUUGUUGCAUAUCGUUAAAAGAUACGCCAUUUUAUAAUUAUAAUAGGCAAAUAGACAAAAUUAUUGUUAUUACAGGGUUAAAUGAGAUAAUAGUAUUUUUGGGGUGAAUAUUCGAUACAACGAACAUGCCAAAAUUAUUGUAGAGAAACGAACAGACAACUGACCAAAGAAGUCGAAGUACGAUACGUUUACAAGGUUGUACUAUUUUGAAAAUAUUAAUAAAAAAAAAAUAUUGAGUGUUAGAUAAAUCUUAUCGGAAUGCACAUUUUGUAUUAGUUGUCUUAACCCUGCAAUAAUUAUAUUUUACCGACUUCCGACAGAGAUAAUAGAAUAUAUUAGUCAAAAUAUUAGAUGUAGUAUCUCGAUUCUUAAAGGGAUAUGUUGGAAAUGCCAAUUAAUUAAAUUCUAAAUGUCUUUCCAUUAUUAUAUAAUUAAUUAAUGUAAUUCUAUUAGUUCCCAAUGUAAAAUACUUAUCUCGGUAAAUGUGAAAGUAAAGAAAGGUGUACAUUUGAUUUUAGUGCCUAUUUGACCAUAAUCGGGGGUUAUUUUAUAAUUAUUUGACAAUUAUAAAUGUAUUUAGAAGUUUUUUUGGUAGAAUAAAUUCUUGCACGUCUUUUACAGUCAUUGUAUUAUUACUUUUAUUGUUGUUUUUUUGUUUUAAUUAGCAAAUAAAUGUUCGAUAAAUGAAA